AUGUCUGAAUCCGAGAGCUCCGCUGCCUACAUCUAUGGGGCCAAGCAGAACCCAGACGGCAGCGAGCGCGAGUUCAACCGCUUUGUCCGAAGUACGUUGUCCGAACUCGCCCAGACCAAGCGGGAGGAUCCGUGGACCCCGUUCCGCUGCCAGAAAACCAGCCACGGAGCCGCCCUCCCCGAGUUCGGCUACUUCCCCGAGUUUUGGCCGAAUAAAAAGGGCACGAGCGAGAAUUUCGAGGCCGGAUUCGUCAAGGCUAAAGGUGGUGACGGCGGCGACGACGGCGAUACCAAGGCGGCUGGGGGUUUGGCUACGGCUGGUGCUGGUGCUGCCGAGGAGAACACCACCAUGACCGACAAGGCGGAGGAGGAGCCCGUCAAGCGUGACAAGGCUAAGGCGUCUGGCGAGCUGGUGUUUGGGGCUGGGGCUGGGGCUGGGGCUUGGGCUUGGGCUACUUAA